AUGCGCUCCCACGGGAAAAGCAUUCGCAUGCGGAAGGUCUCGUGGGUUUACCUGAUUUACAGUGCAUUCAUAAGCAUCGGCUUAUUUCUCAACAUUUACUUCAUCAUACCCAAGGGCCUACUGGAUGGGUAUAUAAAAUACAAUAUAGUACUGCAGUGGAAUUUUUUCGCCAUGGUCGGCUUGCGAGUUUUGGCUAUUUUGGGCUGCUAUGGAACCAUGUGGCUGAAACGCCGCCAAAUCAUUCAGCUCUACAAGGAUUCACUGAUUUAUUGGACGAGAUUUAGCAGCACAAUGAACGCCAUAGUGAGUGGACAAGAGCUCAAAGAGCAACAACUUUCGCUGGCCAGGAAGCUGUGGCAGAAGAUAAUGGUGCUCUAUGUGGGAUUUAUGUUCUCCACCGCGGUACAGUAUCAAUUGACUGGUGUGAUCCACAAACAUUCCCUGCUGGUUCUCAGUGCCAGGCUCACGCAGUUUCUGCAAUUCAUAGCGGUCAAAAUGGGUUUCUAUGCCUUGCUCAUACUGCUGGAUCAUCAAUUUAGGGUAAUCCAUCUGGCCCUAAGCGUUCUCCAUGAGGGAAGAGGCGGCAGGAAAUGGAAGUCACUGCGCUCCAUUGCUCUUAUGCACAGGGAAACCCUUCAGUUGGCCAGGAGAGUCUUUAGCCUGUUCGAUAUUGCCAAUGCCACAGUGUUUAUCAACAUGUUCAUGUCCACAUUGAACAUAUUUUAUCAUGCUGUCCAGUACAGCAAUAACACCAUCAAAUCCGAUGGUUGGGGCAAGACUUUUGGCAACGGGUUGAUUGUUUUCAACCUCUGGGGCACCAUGAUGCUGAUGAACAUGCUGGAUGGAGUGAUCAGCUCCUGCAACAACACUGGUCAGCAGCUGAAGCAGUUCAGCGAUCUUCCAAGUGUGAGCAAAAAGCUUAAAAGGGAGUUGGAUGCUUUUAGCGGGCAGACAAGGCGCAAUCAUUUGGAAUAUAAAAUCUGCGGACUUGUGCAGCUAGACAAACCCGCUGGCCUCAGCUAUUUUGGAUCCAUCCUGAGCAACGUCAUUAUACUCAUGCAAUUCGAUUUAAGACGGCAACAACAGCCAAACAGUACCUGA